CUUCGGAUAUUCAGUUUGCACUCGUUGUCCUACAAAGCGCGUACUUGAGUUAGUAAGUUUCUGCUCGAGCUUGGUUCUACACAGACGGAAAAUCGAAACGAUAGGAUGGCCGAUUACGAAAAUGGACACGGAAACGGUCAGGAAGCUGGACGUGAUGACGAUCGGAAGCUGUUCGUCGGUGGUCUCGGUUCGGAUGCCACGGAACAGGACCUGAGAGAUCAUUUCGGAACGUUCGGCGAGAUCGAGAGCGUACAGGUUAAGACGGACUCGAACACCGGACGAUCUCGUGGUUUCGCCUUCAUCGUGUACAAGAGUGCGGACUCAUUGAACCAGGCGACGAACGAGAGUGAGCACAACAUCAAAGGCAAGAAGGUCGACGCCAAGAAGGCCAAAGCCCGGCAGGGUAAGAUCUUCGUCGGUGGUCUGACUUCGUCGAUCAGCGAUGAGGAAAUCAAAACCUUCUUCGGACAAUUCGGUGCGAUCGCGAACGUGGAACUCCCAUUCGACAAGAUGAAAAACCAGCGCAAAAACUUCUGCUUCAUCACCUACGAAUCUGAGCAGGUGGUCAAGGAGCUGCUGAAAACACCGAAGCAAACCAUCUCGGGAACGGAAGUGGAUGUCAAGAAAGCUACUCCGAGACCGGACAAUGGACAGCGGGCUGGAUUCGGCGGUGGCUUCGGAGGAGGAUUCGGAGGUCAGGGGCGCGGUGGAUUCCGUGGAGGACAAAACAGAGGUGGCUUCGGUGGACAAGGAGGCUGGAACCAGGGAGGAGGAUUCGGAGGAGGGGACUUUGGUGGGUUCGAUGGUGGAUUCGGGGGUGGUUUUGGAGGCGGAUACGGCGGCCAGGGUGGAUUUGGUGGUUUUGGCGGAGGUUUCCAGGCGAAACAACGCGGCGGACCUCGGCAGCCUCGUCAAAAUCCGUACUAAGAGAACAACUACAGUAUUACCCGAACUAUUCCAUGUCUAUGAUUGAAAACUCAAGUGAAUUAAAUAAAGCGUGUGACUGAUCUCAA